AACGAACCGAAAAAAAUACUUCUUGACAACUGGCAACUGAAUAUAACCCGUACAAUUUAUGUUGUACGGUUAAUCGAUGUGAAGUUUCUGGUAGAUUCAAUAUCAUAAAAUUUCCGGUUUAUAUGGUCUCAAAAAGCAUAUGGCGGACGAUUUAUUUUGCAUUGAAACCUGAUAAAUUCUUUUAGAUAAAAUAUGAUCAGAUUGUGACCGCUAAAGUGUAUUUGUUAUAUUUAGAUGAUAAUCGUUAGUUUUUAAUGUGUAAAUAAGUUUAUUAUACUUGAAGUUCUGUACAUAAUAUUUUGUUCGUGGACGUUUUCCGUAUUGUAUUGUGAAAAACGAAAAGUCUGUGAUAUAAACAAUACUUAGGUGAUAGAAUAAUUUUUCUCUAUACUUUUGUAAAUAUUGUAUAAAUAUUUUAGAAUUUUAGUAGAGUUAAUAUAUUGAACGAAGACUGAGUUUUUUGUGCGAGAUUGCGAGCUAUGUCAGCAGUGAGUUUAUUGUCUACACUUAAGGAGAAACCAACGGACGACAACCAAAACGAUGAAAUUAACCAGUCAGGUCAUGACGAAAAUUCAGUCUCUGGAGGCAAUGGCGACCCGGCAGUGUUGGCAAUGGGCCCGGUACGAAAGACGCUGACGUACACGCGCGACGAGCUGAUGCGUAUACGCAACUCGCCGCUCGUAAAGCAGGGUCUUGAAAACGCGUUCGCCGGGAAUGAAGUUAUGGCGCUAGUAUUAAAGAGACGAUCAGAGUCACCCCAUGAGGAAGAGAAAGGGGCGAAGGGCGACGCACCCAAUGAAAAUCAUAAGGGUAUCUUUCGUGAGCGGGAUCGCGAACGGCGUUCGGCCGAUCCGCGUGAGCGCGUGCGUAAAGAGAGUGAGAGCGGUGGGGGGAUAGUGUUGUCUCCCCAACGGCGUUUGUUCACUUCUGGUUGUGGAGCACCGGGUGCACCAGCCGCUCAACCGCCCCCCCAGCUGGCUAGAACACGCCCGGAGUCGCCCUUGUCUGCCACUGCCCCCCAAACUGUGCAGAAGACAGAGCAAGCUGGUCGCCGAAUCGGGUCGGGUAGGAUAAUGGUCCGCGACGUGCCAACAAGUGGUUGGGACGAGAACGAAUAUCGGCCAACAGCGGAGAUCUAUCGUCCACCCGGCGCGAUGCGCGAGCGUGAGCGCGAACGCGACCGUGAUCGUGAGCGUGACCGUGACCGUGAUCGUGACCGCGACGACCGCCGUGAUGACCGACGAACCAAUGGUGAUAGGUUUGAGCGACGUUCAUUCGGAAGAGAUUCUUUCUCUUCUGACAUGAAACGGGAGAGAGACGACAGAUUUAACAACGACAAGCACCGAGACAGGGAGGACAAUCGCAGAUCAGGUGGACGAUACGGUAGACGGUAUGACAAAGAAGAUGAGCCCGAAUGGUUUAGCGGAGGACCGACGUCUCAGUUGGAGACGAUUGAGUUGCGGGGCUUCGACGAACCUGUUAAGAAGACUAAUGGCAAGGAAAAGGAAAAUGAGAAAUGGAAUAACAACAAUGGGUCUCAGUCGCCUGCGGAGAAGUGGAGAAAGGAAACGUCUUCCCCAAAUCAGACUGAGACUGCGAAUACAACUAGUGAUAAGGAUUCAGGUGUGGAAUCCAAACCCGAGGAACCGGCUGUCAAUAAUGAUCAACCCGAUUUUAAUUUGGACGAAUUCCUCCAAUUCGACCAAAUACCCGACGUGCUUACUAAUGGCACAGGAGAUACUGAAGAGAGCAGAUUCAGUCGGUGGUUCCGGAGAGAGAGUCCCACGAAUGAUUCGAAGCACUAUGAAAGACUUAUGCAUAAUAUGGUUGAUGAUCUCGAUAAUUCAACCAAAAUAGAACCACCUACUAGUACGAUGAAUAUGAGCGGAAUGCCCAUGGGCGGCGGUAUGCUUAAUGGUGUGACCGCUAUGAAUAACUUGCCCAUGGGCGGCUUCAUGGAGCAGCCGUUUAAUCCACCUACCAGCACGCCAUCUUUGUUGGACCUGCUGAGGGCGAACCCAUAUCCGGAUGAACGAUCAGAGUUGAAUCCGAACGUAAGCGGUAAGAUUCACAGCUUAGAAGAGCUCGAAGCUCGUCUGCGACCGCAGCCACCUGCGCAUGCGCAACCGCCGCCAGCUGAAAGAGACUUGUCUGCCUUCAAACGACUCCUAGCUCAAGUAUCGGGCGGUCACGUGGUACCCGCGGAUCGUGCGCGUGCGCCGCCAACCGCGCAUCAUGCUCACCACAACGCGCCCGCGCAGCCCAUGAGCCUUUUGCAGAUGUUGAACAAAAGUUUGGAAAAGCAACAGCAGCAACAGCAGCAGCAGCAGCAGCAACAACAACAGCAGCAGCAGAAGGUGCAGCAGCAGCCGCACAUCCCACCGGAGCUCCUAUACAAGCUCCUACAUGUACAGCGGCAGCAACAAGCGCCGAGUAGCGAGAUGGGGCCUGUGGGUCUUUCGAAUGCUGAUAGAGAACUGCUACAGCGGCCUGAAGCCCAAGCUAUCAUACAUGGUCUAAAAGCCGGUGAGAUAACAGUUCAGCAUCUGAUGCAGCAGCUGGGUAACCCUGGUCUGCAAAGCAGGCAUCGGGAAGUCUUGCUCACCAUACUCCGGUUGAACCAUCAGAGACAGCAAAUGGUCGGAUCCCCUCUUCCAAAUGUGAACCCUCAUCUCGGAGUCUCUCAUCAUCAGCCACUGAGGCUCUCACCAGUGCCGCAGACAGCUUUUUGCAUGUCACCGAUGAUGGCUAGUCCAAACCCGCUCGGAACUCACCAACAAGGUCGUAUACCGUCCCCACGGGAGAUGAUCCACUCGCAGUCGCUGAUGCAGGGCGCGAUUCUCAAGAAGAAGCUGGAGGAACGCCAUCGACGUGAGAUGCAGCAGCAGCAGAUCAAGCAUCCCACACCCAUCUCGUUCACACCCACCUCGGUGUUACGCAAGAUGACAGCAGAGAAGGAGUCGGACGCCCCAAGCCCUAAGCAGUGGAGCCAACCCCAUAAGCUACCCCAAGGCAGGCCCAUUGUUAAGGGAAACCAAAGCGGUGGAGCGCCCAUGGGCUACGCUCCUUCACCCAGUGAAUAUCACUACAUGAGCCAACAGCAAAUGUCUGGUGUACGUCAAUUCCCUCACCAACAAUCGAGACAACCGGUUAAUAAUACGUUUAACAUGAACAUGAGCCGAGGAAUGUCGGGCGGUACCACGCUGCAUCAGCUUCUAGUGAAUUCGCACCAGAGGUCGUUGAACGAAGUGAACAGCGGUGGUGGUGACAAUCAGCUAGCCAAGUGGUUUUCGCCGGAAUUACUUGCGCGUGCGUCCGAGGGCAAACUUCCAUCAGUGCACGUACCUAAUGCCCUCUCCUUAGAAGACCUUGAGCGACACCACCACUCACCAGCGCCGCCGGUGCGCAACUGAGUCCGAUGACGCGAUUUGUAACUCUCCUACCCUCCAUUUUGUUCUAUUUUUUAAAAUUUAUGCGGGUAGAACCGGCAUGACUGAUUUUUGACGGAAUUGGACAAUUCCGAAAGUGAAGAAUUCGGAAUACCGUUUACGGAAUAUUCUCAUCUUUUAAUUUUAAAAAUUUAAAUCACUCGUCGUGGCCCGAAUUUACAAGCCAGAGUUUGAAAAGUUGCAGUUACCAUUUACAAGCGAAAUAACAGCAAUAACAUGUGUCUUAUAUUAUAAAUUUUACAAAGCAUAAAUAUAGCGAUGGUUGGAAUUUAAGUGGUCUCAAAAUUACUAUAUAUUUCAAAAUGAGACCUUAUCAGCUAUUAAUCGAAAAAUGGUAAUUAAAAAUUGGCCAGAUGCUGCUGAGAUGAAGAUUGUAUUGAUGCGGUGAUUUCAAAACGACUCAAAGAUGGAGAAUAAUUGCUGGUACAAUUAGUUUCUUUCCGGUAACUUUUUUUUUGUCGAAUAGGACUUUUUUCUGUCAAACGAAAUGCUCGUUGAUAAAGUUUUGACAAUCUUGUGUUUUUGAGCGAGUUUCAUCGCAUACUCACAAAUUGUUACGAAAUUAUGUAAUGGUUUUACAAUUGAAAAUAAUUUGUUUUUCGACUGCAUCCAAUAAAAACGUGUGAAAUAUUUUUAUUGGAUGCAGUUGGAUUAAGGUUCUGGCAGAUAUUCCAAUUUUCAAUUAUCGCAAAACUUGCUACUUGGGUUGUUUGACAAAUUAAAUUGUGUGAUGGCAGAACAUGAUUUUGUAAAAAUACCUAAAAUCCAUGUUGGAGGAAUCCGUCGACAAAUAAUUUGACUAAAGAAUGUAUUUAUUGCCUUUUAGGUAAAGUGAUAGUCUCCGGAAUAUGAAAUGUUUAAGUAACUCUUAUUAGUGUACUUUUUGAUAUAGCAUGCUACAAACGAACAAAGUUGUUUUUACAUUCGAGUACCGCUGACAAUGGCCGUUGAGCAAUUGGGCAAUUCAUAUUUAUUCAAUCACUUCUCGUUAAUUUGCCUUAUAUUGCUUACGAAACUUGCAUUCAUCAAAACGCGAAUAAUCCAUUUUUAUUAUAUCAAUGCAGAGCAUAUACCAAGAGCUAAAUUUAUGUUUAGCACCGCUUCGAGCAUGGUGUACUCAGGUGGUAUUAAUGUAAGCUUAGCUUUUGGUCUAUAAUAAGAUGACGAGUUGAGACCUGGGCCUGUCAAUUAUAUUUUUAUUUCCAUUCGAUCACCCGUCCAAACGUUUCGGCUCAUCUUAUGCAAUACAAACCUAAGGUCAAUAGAAAGAAAUAACUAGUAAAUGUAUAGGCGAUUUGACGCAAGUAAUUAAGGGUCUCGUUUUAUGUGGAAAUUAAAACUGAUAAUAAUAUUCUACAUUACAUACAGAUUUCUAUCAGUUUAAAUUUUGAGAUUUCGGUCAAUCAUGUGUCCUUUGAUACUAUUUUUUUAUUAAUUCACAUCUAUUACAUGAGGCUUUGGUUAAACCAAGAUAAAUUAAAGUAGGUCUUAGUAAUAAAUGGAAAUGUAUAAAAUGUCUUGAUCUUAUCGCAAAAAGUCAAUUUUGCGGUAACGUAAUUUUAGUCCAAUUAGGAGUCUAAAAUGUUCAAAGACUGGCAUGUUUGCGUUGCGAGCAAGUUGACUUUUUAGGGAGUAGUGAUAUACGAAGAAACGAUUAAGGCGCUCUGAAGUCGCUCAAUAAAACAGAUUGUCAGCUUUAAAUUAUUAAAGAAAAAUUCAAAGUUU